AUGCCGCAGUGGGCCCGUGGUAAAAAGCUGCGAGAUAUGCCAAGCGAUGCAAUGAUUCUGACGCAGCACAUGAUGGGAGCCGACUUCGAAGACCUUUUCAAGUUCGUUGACCCCAAGGUGAAGAAUGCUUUGACGCGAAGCUCGAAUUCCCAUGCGGUCAAGGUCGUCCUCCCAUCGAAUGGCAAGAAAAGAAAAGCGAAAGAGGAGAAUCCAGACGAGAUGGAUGACGAUGUAGAAAAGGACAAGGUCAAGGCGGAGCCGGAUGAGGAGGCGAAUGCCAGCGAGGAUGAGGGCGCGGCCUCCUCCAGCCUCAUCAAGGUGAAGAAGCCGAAGGCAAAAGCGAAAUCCAAGGCCAAAGCGAAGGCAGAAUCACCGACGAAAAGCAAGGCCGAGGCUGCGCCAAAGGCAAAGGCGGCUGGCAAGGCCAAAGCCAAGGGGAAGGCAAAGGCGAAGUCAUGA